AUGAUAGAUCCAGAAUUUGAAACAGUAAAUAUUUUAUUAACACAGAGUCCAUGUGGAAAACUUCACGCUGACAGAAUAACAGACGUUGAAGCACUCACCGGCUAUAAAGUUUGUCCAUUUUGUAAAGAAGAGGUUUAUUCUAUCCGUGAUGAUCCAGAAAGGAAAAACCAAAGAAGAUUUUUAAAGCAUUGUGAGAAAUGUAAAGAAAAUAAUGGAAGAUUAAUUCAAGACGUUCAAUUGCAAAAGACACAGCAACCAUAUGCACCACAUAUUACGAAACAGAAGAUAUAUCAGUGGUUAUUAGCUCAUAAUUUGCAGGAAUAUUAUCAACCGACAAGAUAUUAUAUUACUUUUGACUUUGAAACAUUAGAGACUAAAGAAGAAUUACAACUUUCUGAGUGUGCAACUUUGAAUGCUUACUUAAAACCAUUCAUGGUAUCAUCAACGGUUAAAUUAAACGAUAAAACAUAUACGAGGAAUUUUUGUUUAACUUCGAGUGAUUCUUUUAUUUCUGAUUGGAUUGAGUUUUUAUUUUCAACCUGUUCAUUAGUUGCCAAAUCAAAUAUUGAACAAUAUGAAGAAUUAAUGAAGCCGCAAACGGUGAGGACUUUGUCUCAUACAUUAAAUGAAAAACAGAAGGAAGCAUUUAAAGAACUUCUAGAUGAAGAAUUUAAUAAAGUGAAUAUCAUAGGUUUUAAUUCGGGAAAGUUUGAUUUAAAUUUAAUUCUUCGUGAUUUAAACACUGCAAAAUGGAAAAUAAAAUCAAUGCUGGGUUCUUCUUCUCAAUUUAAGCAAAUCAUUGUAAAGAAAACAAACGUUCCAUAUGAAUUGAGAUUUAUUGACAUCAGAAAUUAUAUAGCGGGUGGGACAUUAGACCAAUUCACUCAAGAUUUCGGAAACAAUAAAUCACGUGUUAAAUCCUUUUUCCCUUAUCAAUUCAUCACAUGGGAGAAUUACGAAGAAGAAUUAUAUAAAGUGGAACCAUUCACGAAAGAUUCAUUUUAUUCAGCAUUAACUCAAGAAACUAUAUCAGAUAGUGAUUAUCAAAUAUAUCUCAAUGAUGCUAAAAAUUUUAAGAAUAGAUUAGAAUAUUUUAUUCAUUAUUGCAAUAAAGAUGUUGAAAUUAUGAUUGACCCAAUCGAUAAAAUUAUUGAAGAAACAUUUGUUUAUAAAAUUGAUAUGCUUCAUAAUCUUUCUUUAUCAUCGAAUGCUUCAAUGAUUCGUUACGCUUUAGCAUAUAAAGACUUUAAUCAUAAUGAAAAAUAUCCUGAGGAAGAGAUAGAAUCAAGUUUUGAAUUAACGAAAAA